GCCAAUAAGAGCGCGGUUGGGCGGAGCUGCCGGGAGGGUAUAUAAGAGGCGCUCGCCGGCUCGCAGACAGCUUCCGCUCUGAAGAAUGUCUGCGAGCUACGACAACCGAUCUAGAGACAAUGGACCCGAAGGCAUGGAGCCUGAUGGUAUCAUUGAGAGCAACUGGAAUGAAAUUGUGGAUAGCUUUGAUGAUAUGAAUCUGUCUGAGUCCCUCCUCAGAGGAAUCUACGCCUAUGGUUUUGAGAAACCGUCUGCAAUCCAGCAGCGCGCUAUUCUACCUUGUAUCAAGGGUUACGAUGUGAUCGCUCAGGCUCAGUCUGGAACUGGGAAAACAGCCACGUUUGCCAUUUCCAUCCUCCAGCAAGUAGAGCUGGAUUUAAAGGCCACUCAGGCCUUGGUACUGGCCCCGACCAGAGAGUUGGCCCAGCAGAUCCAGAAGGUGGUGAUGGCUUUAGGAGACUACAUGGGUGCCUCUUGCCACGCCUGCAUUGGUGGCACCAAUGUACGAGCUGAGGUUCAGAAACUCCAGUCCGAAGCUCCGCACAUCAUUGUGGGCACUCCCGGCAGAGUCUUCGAUAUGUUAAACAGGCGCUACCUCUCGCCCAAAUACAUAAAAAUGUUUGUGCUGGACGAGGCCGAUGAGAUGUUGAGUAGAGGAUUCAAAGAUCAAAUCUACGACAUCUUCCAGAAGCUGAGCAGCAACGCUCAGGUGGUGCUGCUCUCUGCCACCAUGCCUGCAGAUGUGCUGGAGGUAACCAAAAAGUUCAUGCGGGACCCCAUCCGUAUCUUGGUCAAGAAGGAGGAGCUGACCCUGGAGGGUAUUCGGCAGUUCUACGUCAACGUAGAGCGAGAGGAGUGGAAGCUGGAUACGCUCUGUGACUUGUAUGAGACCCUUACAAUCACACAAGCUGUGAUCUUCAUCAACACCCGCCGAAAGGUGGACUGGCUAACGGAAAAGAUGCACGCCCGGGACUUCACGGUGUCGGCACUGCACGGUGACAUGGACCAGAAGGAGAGAGACGUGAUCAUGCGAGAGUUCAGAUCUGGGUCCAGUCGUGUCCUGAUCACCACAGAUCUACUGGCCCGAGGCAUUGACGUGCAGCAAGUCUCCCUGGUCAUAAACUAUGACUUGCCAACCAACCGAGAGAACUACAUUCACAGGAUUGGCCGAGGCGGCCGUUUCGGUAGGAAAGGAGUCGCCAUCAACAUGGUGACCGAGGAGGACAAACGUACACUCAAGGACAUUGAGACUUUUUACAACACAACCAUUGAGGAGAUGCCGAUGAACGUGGCAGAUCUGAUCUAGGCUUCCCAACAAGGGGAAAUAUUUAAAUGGAAAAAAAACAGAGGAAAAAAAACAGCAUAAUUGAAAAUAAAAAAAAUCCCCCCUCUGCCUCCGCUGUCGCACCAUGUGGUGGGGGCAGAGGGGGGCUGCACAGCUUUGUCUAUAAAGCCCGUACAUUUGGGUUUGCCCUCCCUACUCCGUGUAUGACAUUAAAUGAUUUUUUUUUUUUUUUCUGUUUCAAAUAAAUGUUAUUUUGAGGUAUUGUGGCCGUAAAUACUUGUUUUGUGUUUUCUUCUCUAAAGUGAACACUAAUCCUGCCCCACCCCAAUUAUCUUUUCCCACCAAAUCAGUGGACCAAACAGGAUUCCUAGAAUUCCCCUAAAUCAGCUCAAUUUGGACUUGACUUUUUUUUAAACAAAAAAUCCCCCUUCCCAAAAAAGCUUAAUUGUUAAAUUUUUAUUUGCUUUCUGUAUAGUAUUUAUUAAAUAAAAACUGUUUUUGCAACA